AUGGCUUCUCACGGUAACGACUCUGAGGCAGAGGAGUUCCUGUGGAGCUUGGGUGUUGGAGCCUCGCUCCCACCCUGGUUACAAGACCUGCGCCACAAACAGCGGCAUCAGGGCCUCAAUCAGGGCCUCGUAUGCCCAGUGUCCGGCUCGCGCAGCGAGGAGCGCCCAGGCAUCGGGCCGCAACGUGAGAGCACCCUGCGCCGGACCGGACCAUCCAGGCUGACUUGCGAUGACAAAGAUACGAGCGAUGUGCAGGAAGUCUCAGACCCAGCGAGAACUGCUACGAGCCCAAGACGGGUUCACGCAGCAGCGGAGAGCUCCAGCCUGAAGGACUGGCUACUGAGCCUUGAUCAUUCCGGUUUCCUUGUGCAGUACCAUGACAACAUUGCUAGCAAGCUGGACAGCGUGACACAAGUUGUUGCGACCUACAUGAAGGACUCUGGAGAAGUCGAUUCUCAGUUCUUUGAAGACGCCGGGGUCACGAAACUAGGACACCGCCGCCUUUUCCAGAAAUGGUUCCGGGAGAAUCGCUUGGCUCAAGGCUUCCUCUCCGGGCCGCAUUACAGCACAUUGCGCAUAUCGGUGCGCACAUGUCAUUGCUGGAAUGCUGGACUCGCCUGA